CAUCUAUACUGGCGGUACAUCCUCGAAGCGCCUGUCCAUUGAGCAAGAAACUCACCUCUGCCAUCAAACAACUGCAGCCCAGACUUUCACGGGCGGGGUCGACCACCUUUCGGGCACAACAUGUCACCAAAGCCAGGCAGACGCGAGGAGAAAUACUCCCUCCUCAAAGACGAGACCGAGGGAGAGUCUUGCGAAGAAGGCUCGUCGAGAGAUUCUUCCGUCGAUCAAGAGGCCGGACUCGUCAGAGUCAGAAAAUACCUCCCAUGGCAAAAGUUCGACCCAGCUUGGAGAUCUUGGUAUCUCUUCGUUCCACCCACCCUCAUCUUCUCAAUACUGGCGUAUCUCGCCUUCUUCCCAUCAUGUGAAACCUGCCAAAAGAUGGACCUCGACCUUUCGGGGUACGUCUGCGCGCCCAACGGCGCUCUACCAAAAAUCGCGCGCGAUAGGGGCUGCGAGUUCGAUACCAUGUCUUUCAAGUGGUGGCCCAAAGAGCCUAUGGCACAUAAAGACAAUGUGGCGCUACUUGAGCAGUUCCAUAAUGAGGGGCCAUGGCAUCGGUACUAUGAUAAGGGCGGAAAACAUGAGAUACCACCGACGAGCGAGGUCUUGACCGCCGGCUGGGUUACGAGGAAGGAACACACAUACCACUGCAUGUACACUCUGCGGCAGACACAUCUGUGGAUCUCACUGGGCUAUGACCCCCCAUUCAACUACAGCCACACCAUACAUUGCACGAAGUAUUUGAUGGACGCUAUACUGGAGAAUCCGCCCAACGACUUUGAAGAACUCAAUGUUCAUGGCACCCCGUGGCCGGAGCAUCCGGAUAUUGUUAAGCCAUAUUAUCCUUGCAAACAUGAGGGCCUUAGCUGCGAGUCUUGGUGAUCUUAGGUACACACUAGUGCUUGGUCAGAGGAUGUUAAACAAAGAGGGCAAAGCCGUCCACUUAAUAAACCUUCAGGUUGUGUUCGCUAUCUCAUCAGAUAGAACGUAGCCCCCAAGAUAACAGCUUGAUAAGACACUCUUGUGAUCAGCGACGCGUAUGGGGACGUUGCUUCGUUAUAAUAUCGAUCACACAGAACACGCAGUCCUAGCGGAUUUAAGACGUUAAGAAUUUUGAGGACUGCGGUUUGAACACUACAAAAAAGAUAGGCCAAACGAAAUAAGAUGGAGACGGAAAAGAGGAUAGAAACCCUUCGCGCUUUUCGCCU